GCGCCUCAUUGGAUAAUGCGGCCCAGUCUCAUUCUCUCACAGCUUGGGACCUGCCAUAUUGCUCUAGUUAAUUUGGCCCGGCUUGAAACAGCGCGUGAGGGGAAUACAGGGACGAGGAGUGUGGUUGUAGUUAUAUAUGAGGCACAGAAGUUAUAUAUGAGGCACAGAGGGUGGUUGUAGUUAUAUAUGAGGCACAGAGGGCAGUUGUAGUUAUAUACUGUAUGAGUCAGGGAUGGCAGUUGUUUUAUAUAAGACAGAGUAGUUAUAUAUGAGGCACAGAGGGCAGUUGUAGUUAUAUGUGAGGCAGGGAGGGUGGUUGUAGCUAUAUAUCAAGUAGAGAGGGCAAUUGCAGUUAUUUAUGUGGCACAGAGGGCAGUUGUAGUCAUAUACUGUAUAAAUCAGGGAUGGCAGUUGUUUUAUAAAAAGCAGAGUAGUUAUAUAUGAGGCAGGGAGGGCAGUUUUGUUCAUAUACUCUGUAUCAGUCAGGGACAGCAGUUAUAUAUAAAGCAGAGUAGUUGUAUAUGAAGCAGAGAGGGCAGUUGCGGUUAUAUUUGAGGUUGAGAGGGCAGUUGUAGUUAUAUGUGAGGUAGAGUAGUUAUAUAUGAGGCAGAUAGGGCAGUUGUAGUCAUAUACUGUAUGAGUCAGGGAUGGCAGUUCAAUAUGAGGCAGUGAGGAACUUUGUAGUUACAUGGGAGGCAGAGUAGUUCUCUAUGAGGCAGGAAGGGUAGUUGUAUUCAUAUGUGAAGCAGGGAGGGUGGUUGUAGUUCUAUAUGAGGCAGAGUAGUUAUAUAUAUGAGGCAGGGAGGCCCGUUUUUAUAUAUAAAGCCUGUAGGGUUGUUUUAUAUGAGGCAGGGAGGGACUUUGUAGUUACAUGUGAGGCAGAGUAGUUCUAUAUGAGGCAGGGAGGGUAGUUGUAUUUAUAUAUGAAGCAGGGAGGGUGGUUGUAGUUCUAUACGAGGCAGAGUCGUUAUAUAUGAAGCAGGGAGGGUCGUUUUAUAUGAGGCAGGGAGGUUGGUUGUAGUUAUAUGAGAUAGGGAGGGUAACUAUAUAUACGGACAAUGAGUGGCUAGGGAAAUGUAAUGUAAAAUAGCACAAGGCCGCUACUUCAUGAGUAAAUUAAGGUGUAUUUUGUUACAGCAUGUUACAAUGGGGAUAAGACUUUGAGGCAAAAUUAUUCAUAAACCACACUGCUAGUGGAGAGGAAUAUUUUAACAAAUGUUCAUUUAGAAACAAAAAGUUCAAACCUUAAAAUGCCACCCAGCGCCCCCCAUCAAAUAGAUUUUAUUGAGGAGCCCCAGACCUUUCCUUAUGGCGAGUUCUUUAAUAAGUAUUUGCUGACCAACUCGCCGUGCCUUUUCUCUGCUGAGUUCACCCAACACUGGGGCAGCCGGAAGACUUGGGUUACAGAAGAGAAUAAGCCCAACUGGGAUCAUCUGCUGGAGAAUUUUGGCAAUGCAAUAGUUCCUGUAGCAAACUGCAAUGUGAAAGAGUACAACGCUAAUCCAAAAGAACAAAUUCCACUCUGUGAGUUCAUCAGCUACUGGAGAGACUAUAUAGAGCACAACUAUCACUCCCCCAAAGGGUGUCUUUAUCUGAAGGACUGGCACAUGAGCAGAGAGUUCCCAAAGCAGAAUGUGUAUGAAACUCCAGAGUACUUCACUUCGGACUGGUUGAAUGAAUAUUGGGACUCCAUAGAUGGAGAUGAUUACCGCUUUGUCUACAUGGGACCCAAAGGCUCUUGGACUCCUUUCCAUGCUGACGUAUUUCGGUCCUACAGUUGGUCAGCCAAUGUGUGUGGUAGAAAAAAAUGGCUGCUCUUCCCUCCUGGGGAAGAGGAAGAUCUCAGAGAUUCCCACAGGAACUUGCCCUAUGAUGUGACCUCCACCUGCCUUAGAGACACCAACCAGUAUCCAAACUUCAGCCUGUGCUGCCAGCCUAUUGAGGUCAUUCAAGAAGCAGGUGAAGUGAUUUUUAUCCCCAGUGGGUGGCACCAUCAAGUCUACAACCUGGAGGAUACCAUAUCAAUAAACCACAACUGGAUCAAUGGCUGUAAUGUGUCUGCGAUGUGGAAUUUCCUGCACACAGAGUUGCUCUCUGUUGAGAAAGAGAUUAGUGAAUGGAGAGAAAUGAUGGAAGAUUGGCAUCUUCAUUGCCAGGUUAUCAUGAAGUCUUGCACUGGAAUCGACUAUAAGGAAUUUUAUACCUUCCUCAGGAUAAUUGCAGAGAAAAGACUGCUCGCUUUGGAUAAUCUUACAGAGGACACAGUUGAUGGGAGUGGUCCAACCAACAUGGCAAUGCUACAUCCACGGGGUCGCCUUCAUGCUCUGUUUGAUCUGAAAAUGACAUCUGACGUUUUGUCACUACUGAUCAGUAACCAAGACUUUCAGAAUCUGGAUCAGGAGUCAUUGUCUCCAUCGCCCUGUGCCCUCAUGCAGCGCCUGGAAGCAGUUAUUACUGAGAAUUCCCAGGUCUGUGGAUAAAAGGGCUUUUUGCUGAAACGGAAGAAGUGGUCAUGCUACUACACAGUGGCAGAACUACCAGGGGAUCAGGGGGAGCGAUUGCACCAGGGCCUGCACCCCCUCAGAGCCCGCCGGCAGUUGACACGUAUGCGAAUCCGCCAUGAAGAUUAUGUCAGAUGGGGGCCCUGCUGCACUGCCUGCACCCAGCCCCGGAGAUGGAUAGUUAUGUUACUGCUAAUUUAUAUAUGUCGUUUUGGGACCAAAUAUUCUCCCAAAAAUAGCAGAAACCUUGGUGUGUUUCAAGCGCUCUACAACAAAAUUCAGUUUUUUCAUAAGGGGGUGGUUAUGCAAGGUCUGUUAUGCAGUAAAUCCGCUAUAUUGACACUAGAGUCCUGUACGAGUUCAUUUUUUUGGAACCCGUACCCAACCUGUACCCGCAACGUGCAAUCUGCAACCCGCAUUCUUACCCGCUUGGACCUGCUUCCCGACCCAACCCGCAAGUACCUUAGCCACAACCCGGACCCGCUGACCAUCAAGAAUCAGGAAGUGCUGUCAUUGAAAACUGGAAGUGACAUCAUUGGAAGUACAGUAGGCGUGAUUAGAACAAAGGAGUAAAAUAGGAAGUGCUGUCAUUGUAAACCGGAAGUGACAUCAUCAGAAGUAGGCAUGAUCAGAAAAAAGGAGUAAAAAUUGACCCCCAUCUAUACCCGACCCCCGUCUAUACCCGCACCCAGAACUUCUACCCGCAAU